AAGAUUCCAUACUUAGUCGAUAGUUUUAUUCUCUGAUAUCGUAAUCUGUGGUUCUAUUCUGUGUGCCCGCUAAUUUUUUUUAUAGAAUUGUGUGAAAUAAAUAUGAAAGACAUGAAUUCCACAAUUAAAAAUAACAUUUCGGAAUUAAUAAAUUUAGCGAGGAAAUUCAAUUGCUUUUAUUUAUCAGGUUUGCAUCAAGGGAUAUGUAAGCCGUUUAUGGUUGCUGGACACCAGGUGGGACUUAUUCGGCCUGAUGUACUCAAAUACUUGCAGAGGUUCCCGGAGGUAUUCAGAGUCACAGGAAAGUAUGUUGAACUUAACCCUGCAUUUAGAGACUAUCAGGAAAGAACAUCGAAAGUAGCUGAAGUUUUAGGAAGUUUGAGAAAAGAAAACGAAAUAUGUGCCCUUAAGGGCUGGCGAGAUGAGUGCUUUGAAGUCAGUACACCAUUCCAUCAUGAGAGUCUUCUUGAGAUGGACAGGAGUGCUGUGUGUCUCUUUGGAAUAAGAAAUUAUGGCAUUAGUGUGAACGGCUACCUGUUCCACCCAUCUAAAGGCCUUUGUAUCUGGUUACAACAGAGGAGCUUUACUAAACAGACAUGGCCAGGUAAAUGGGAUUGCUUUGUUAGUGGUGGCCUGGCGGUUGGCUAUGGAAUACUUGAGACUACUAUAAAGGAGGUAGCCGAGGAAGCAUCUGUUAUGGGGGAGUUGGUAAAGAAACUUGUACCUGCUGGUUGUGUGAGCUUCUACUUUGAAAGUGAAAGAGGUUUGUUUCCAAAUACAGAGUAUGUAUAUGACCUCGAGCUUCCAUUAGAUUUUAUGCCAAAGAAUGCAGAUGGAGAAGUUGAAACUUUUGAGCUGUUGACUGCGGAGGAGUGUGUGCAAAGAGCCCUUUCUCCUCAGUUCAAGACCACAAGUGCUCCGGUCUUGUUGGACUUUCUGAUCAGAAGAGGAUAUAUAAACCCUGAGAAUGAGCCGAACUACCGACACUUAGUGGAGUUACUCCACGUCCCACUGCAGACCAUCUACAAGUGUUCCUUAGACAUCACUUCCAACGGCGACCUACAGAAUCUACAGUGAUGACACAAUCUGGGCACGAUGAGUAUGUUCAAUUAGUUUCAUUGUAUUACUAUUAUUGUAUUAAUUUUUAAUUAAAUUAAAAUUAAUUAGAAUAAAUUUAUAUUGGUAAUUUUUAUCUGUGCCUCGUCUUAGACGAUCAGUGUGGGUACAUUAAUUCGUAUUAUUUAUGGCCUAAUUUAUAAAAUCUUAAUUUCAGAUUUAACUUGGGUAGACUGUAAGUAUUGCCUAAGUAUUGAGAUUGGUUUUAAUUUCUUGUUUAAGGUGUAUAUUGACCAAGUCCUUGUAAUUGUGUAGUUUAAAGCUAAGCGCAUAUUACAGCGAGUCGCACCGCAACGCUUUAGUUAUGAUAAAUCUGUGGUAAAUCAUUUUUUACACCUACAUAAUAUGUACCUUUUGACACAUUAGUUGUCAUGUUUUGUUAUAGUGUACUGUAGUGAAUGGACAACAAUACCUAAAUUGUGACAACUUAAACCAGUCUGGAUAAACUUUGUUGAACAGUAUUGGUAAAUGAAUGGGACUUAUUUACCUCUCAUAUGUUCCUCGAAGUCCGAAGAGCAUGCUAUAACAUCAUCAACUGACAAUAGUUUAUAUCUAACGAUUGGAUUUGUCACCUGCACGAUGAAGCGUCGGUAGGUCUUAGCUAGUAGGAAAUGAAUAUCGUAGGAAUGGGAUUUCUAAUGGAUAAUUUUUUUUACAUACAACCACAGAUCGAAUAAUUCGUAAAAACAUCAUAUACACAAUUAGAUAUUCGGUGUCAAAAAUAACAAUUAGAUAAAUCGAUAUUGAAGUUCUUGAAUAUAAUCUAAUAUAUAAUAAUGUGUGAAAAAACACUAAAACAAUUUAGUUAUUAUCGAUAUUAUGAUAUUUGUAUACCUACUUGUGAUAAUCUAGUUUUUUAUCGAUCCUGUUGUGCUGUAAAUAAUAUUUUCACUGCUUUUUUCUGUUAAUUAUGUUUUUAAAAUAGAGAAAAAGCAAGUGUUAAGUAAAUAAAAAUAAAAAGACUUUUUGUUUAUGGUACGUAUAUAUAUUUUUAUUACUAUUUAGAGCAUUCACAAUAAAGAUGGCACAACGACGGAAUAGUUCUUCGAUCCUUUGUAUGGCUUUUAUCUGCCAACUGGGCGCAAGGUUCUUUGCCUUGUAGGUGGAGAAGGCGUGAAAAGAAUGAUUGGUGAACAUAGUCAUAUUUCUAAGUGUGAUAAAAAUACAUUUGGACGACCUCCCUGGCGCAGCGGUGAGUUGUUUAGGUAGGAGGUCCCGGGUUCGAUCCCCGAAAAGAACCCUUCGG